UCAAAUUAUUAUUAAUUUUAACACAUUGCAUGUUUCUUAAAACAUGAUAAUGUUUGUAUGCUCCCAUUCUUUUUGCAAAUUGCACGAUUAAAAAAUCUUUACAAAACAGAAUGCAACGGUUGAUGGUAUUAAGCUAUAUGAAGACAAGUUAGAGCAAUUUUUAACUUCGGAAGAAACACAAGUUUUCAAUGUGCCAAAAGCUGCUCAUCACCUUGCAGAAUGAGAAGAUACGAAGUUCAAGUGCAAGAAGCUGAUAGUGAAGGAAGUCGAGGAAGCUGCGUAACAGCAAGUGAUUUAUCAUGUGCUACCUUAGUUCACAUCAUUUUCGAGAAUUUAGAAAUAACGACCUUCACUUAUACUCCAAGAUACGAGCCAGUUGGCAUCCUGAGUUUUAUCGGCGGCUACGUGGGCCUUUGGUUAGGCAUCUCUCUGCUGACAGUGUACGAUUUCCUGGAGACGUGGAUAUUCCGCUGCAUCGCAGCAGCCAGAAGGAAGUGGAGCAACCGGAAGGGGAAGAAUCGAGUUUCCGACAUCCAUAAGAAUCUGUCUAGUGUAUCCAUCAAAUCACCGUCCUCUGCAUACAGGAAGAGAUUCACCUAUGGAUCGCAGGUAUUUAAAAGAUAGAACAGUGUUUGGAAAUUUCAUUUCCUUGAUCCCACAUUGCAAUGAGUGGAGUCAGGACCUUUGUGAGAAUUUAACCCGUUAACUGUGAACCGAAAUAUUUCACUGAAAAAGGAGCUGUACAAAUUUAAU